AUGCAUCAGAAAAGCAUCAGGGUAGCAGACUUUGGUUUAUCAAGAAAAAUCGCUGAAGCUUCAAAUAACGCAAGAAAUUUUGGCGUAGUACCUUAUAUGGACCCAAAAUGUUUAAAUAAUCAAAAUAAGAGUUAUGUAAUGAAUAAAAAGUCCGAUGUAUAUAGUAUUGGAGUUUUGAUGUGGCAAAUUUCAAGUGGACAUAAACCAUUUAAUGGUGUGGAUUAUGACGUGAGUUUAUCCUUAAGCAUCGUAGGUGGAAAUCGAGAGAAAAUAAUCUAUGGCACUCCAUAUGAAUACAGUAUACUUUAUCAAAAAUGUUGGAAAUAUGAGCCAGAAAAUCGCCCAAAUACAAAAGAGGUAGUCACAAUGCUUAACAAAAUGGUUUCUCCUGCAGUCGAUCACAAGGAAGUAAGUAAUCCAUUGACGAAUGAUGAAUCCAGCCUUAAAUCUGAUGAAUCAAGUGAAAUAAUUAUAGAUAAUGAUGAUUUGAUAAUAGAUGAAAUAUUCGAUCAAUUUAAAAAUAUUAAUUCUGAAAAUAAUUCAAAACAAAAUUCUUUAGGCAUAACUGAAGCUAAAAUUAAUUUAACAAAUCCGUCUUAUCAAAUUGAAAAUUCAUCAAAAAGUUCAUUGGAUUCAUUAGAAUCAAUAUAUAAUAAUGAGAUUAACAGACUACAAUUUCAGCAUUACGUUUAUCAACAAGUAUGGGGGAGCAAUUUUUCUGCUCCCGUAACAGAAUUAUUGAAAACUGAUGGCACAAGAAUCCUUGAUGUUGG